GGUCUUACAAAAAAAACAAACCAAAACAAACAACCCAGAAGGACUGAAAUGUUCGUAAUUUUUCGCGCAGGCACUGGCAAAACAUCCACUCUGAUCCAGUACGCCAGGAAGUGGUCCGAGCAGAACUUCCUGUACUUGGCGUUCAACAGGACCAUCGCCAACCAGGCGUCGCAGGUUUUCCCCGCCAACGUCACCUGUAAAACCAUCCACUCUUUAGCGUUUGCAGAAGUCGGCAGACAUUACAAACAGAAGCUUAACCCGGGCUCGCUGACCUCCUAUAUGGUCAGCUCCGUCCUCUCCAAUCGCCAGGGACAGUCUCCGUUCAUCAGAGGCAAGACGAUCGUUCAGACCCUCACUGCCUUUUUCGCGUCGGCGGAUGCGACCAUCACCAUGGAGCACGCGCCCAUUUGGUGCAAGAACAACCGUGGGCAAAACGUCCUUGUGGAGGAAUGCGAAAAGCACGUGAGU